UGCUGACAGAGGAAGCUUUGAAAAAGAGAGCCUAACUCCUAGGGCAACAGAGGGGAUAUAGUGGUCUGUGGAACUGAUAGAACUAGUUGCCUCUUGCUGAACCCAGAAAACCACCAGAAGACCGCUGCAACGAACUAAGCAGCUACUUCCAUCGAUAUGGCUGAAAGGGACUACAAACUUCCAACAGAGUAUUCUAGAAGCUGUUGAAGCAACGUGAUCCUGUGGGACUUGUUCUAAAAAUAACCACCAUCAGGAAUACAUUGACUUGCUCUGGCUGUCUAACUGGCCAAAGAUGAAACUUUUUUCUUGAAUUAGCCUUGUUUAAGGAUGUGCCAAACAUAUUCCAAAAGUUGUUUUUGCAAUCUGAAGGUAAUUCCUGAAUGAGUAACUAACCUUCACUUGCCGGAGGGCUUCCUAGAAAAUGUUUCUGUGUUUAACAGUUUUGUUUCACAUGCUGCUCAAGGCUCUCUGAAUACUUAGGAGAUAUUUUGAAUCUCAGAGUUACUGUCAACAAGCUGCCAUUGACAAAGCCUUAAUUGGACUUCCACUGGCUUCCUUCUGGAAUGGAAGGAAGUUAUGAAAUGGACGAGUGAAACUUUUUCUAGUGAGUUAGAAAGUGUAGUUUCAGAGUAAAUUCAGUAAAAGUAGUCCAGUAAUUUAUUUCCAGCAAAGAAAGUUUUAUACCUCUCUGCUGAGUCAUGCGAAAGGCAGAGGUGCAGAUGACCCUGAAAAAGGGUGCAGAAGAUGGAUCUGGGGGAAUUGCACCUCCAAGCCCACGGAUACCCUCCAAACGGGCUAGAGUCAACCCUGACCGGAUGGUGGCAGAUACAAGUCCCACUUAUCCCACACCAACACCACCCGUCUUCAUCCGAAAAAUGAGGAAUGCUGCCGUAGGUACUGGCUGUGACAUCCGUCUGAAAGUAGCUGUGGCAGGAGAUCCACAGCCCUCUCUCUACUGGUACCACAACGAUGACCUCCUCAACAUGGAUAACCAGGAGUAUGGAGGACUGUGGAUACGUGACUGCAAGCCUACUGAUGCAGGCCUCUACACCUGUAUUGCUAGCAACUACCUAGGGGAGGCCAGGAGCAGCGCUGUUCUUGCUGUCUUGGACCUGGGAGAAGACUCUGAAACGACGGAGGACGAAGCAGCCGAUCCUCGGAUGGAGACCAAAGACGGAGGCAGAGGCGAUCCAGACGAGACCUCCCAGCGGGUCCCUGCAGGUGAGCGGAUGAUGGAUGUGGCAUCAGGUGCGAGUGGUCAUGGUGAGAACACAGUGGUGGAGAGAGAGAUGCAGUCCCUGGGAUCAAGAGCAGCGGGGCCACAGGCCGCCAGGAGCCAAUCUGAGGAGGUUUUGAGGGAAUCUCCCCCACAAGUUCUCCCUCCCCCUUCCCCUAAAAUAAUCCGUUCAUCCACCUCUCCCAUGCUUGGCCGAUCUGGCUCAGGCCCCCCAACACCCCUGACCCCACGCAAGAAAGCUGUUGUGCCAAGUGAAUACCAAGACACGGUACCCGGAGAGUUCGAGGAGAAGAUUAAACAACCCAAGUCUUCAGCCAUGUCCCAGAGUAGUGCUCAGGACUCUCGUCCCCAGACCCCCGUCAGUGACUACUCACGGAAGGACUUGACCCCCCGUCCCUCUCCUAAACUAAUACGGCCUAGUUCCAAGAUCUUUGAAAGGGUGAGAGUUUUUGAAGAGCGCAGAAGAAGCAUUGACAAUCCUGAGGGGUCAAUCUCUGGACGCUCUUGGGCCGGGUUUAACAGAGCUCCUUCCAUUGACUCUGAUGACGGAGGGAGUCGUCUAGGAAUCUCAAGAGAAAGUUCCAAGGAGGAUCUCCAUGAAGCUUUGAAGGCAGAUGCAGAGCAGAGAAGAUCUAUGUUUAGGCAGAGAGCUGCUUCUCUGGAGGACAGGCCUCGUUACUCCCAGAAAGUGCAAGAUAUUGAGCACAAGUUCACAGAGGAACUCCAGCGAAUCAAAAAGCUUGUGGGGAAACCACAUAUGAAGAAGUCCUUCUCAACUGAACAGCUAUCCACUUUUCACAGGGGCAGGCAGCCCAUCAGAAAACUGGAGCCCAUCCCACCUCAGGUGAUUCAAAAGCUACAGGACCGGGAGCGUGCUAAGCAAGAGCAAGAAGAGCAAGAGAAUAGAAUGAAAGAACAACCCAAAGACAAAUCAACACAGGUUCAGCAACAGGAAUCAUUGUUACAGGAUCAGGUUGGACGAGAGAGGUCACCCAUGACAACUAAAACGUUUAAGGAAAAGGCAGGGGAGUCGUCACCUCCAGAAGGUAUGUCACCAUCUGAAUUACCUGGACAAAAGUCUCCAAGACGGAUGUGUGGACCUAGUCCAGUUGCUGAAAACCCUCCAAGAUCUCCAGUUGUGGAAAUCGCUUCUGAGACUGAUGAACACCCACACUCACCUCGCAGAACAGGAGAGGAGUCACCAUCCAGAAAUGUCCUGGAGAUGACAUUACGCAAGGUGGAACCGAGACCUGCAAGCCCACUCGUUAAGAGAGUAGGUCAAGUCCAAGAAGUCACCCCGGUCCACAUAGAAAAUGAAACUGUCAAUAGAAAAACACCCAUAGAGAUCACUCUGAGAAAGCUGGACAGAAGACCUGAAAGUCCUCUUGUGCAGAGUGAAAUCAGUGCAGUACAAGAGUGUCCUGUCCAGGCACCACCUCUUAAACCACCAAGGGUUUCACCAGCCUCCUCUAAAGAAGAGAAGAUGGUGAUAGAUGUGACUCCUCUAGCACCAGCACUAAAGGUCACUAUCCCACAAAUUAUUGUUGAAGAGGAGCCAAUGGAAACAGAAACUUCUGUACCUGCACACAGUGAUAAAACAAGCAACCAUGCCACUUCCAAAGAGGAAAAACCUCAAAGGGUGAGAGGAAGGGGACGAAAGCAAAGGCCGAUGUCCCCUGAAUUAGAGUCUUCUGAUGACUCCUAUGUGUCAGCGGAAGAAGACCCUCUAGAGGCCCCGAUAUUUGAGUUUCCUCUUCAAGACACAAUAGCAUCCUCUGGUGCUGAGGUUUUGCUGAAGUGCAUUAUUGCUGGCAAUCCUCUCCCUGAAGUGACAUGGAUGCAGAACAACGUGGAAAUUAAGAACAGUCCAACACACGUGGUUAAAGUGGAGGGAGAAAGGCACUCUCUACUCAUCAAAUGGCCAAAACCAUGUGAUGGUGGCACAUACACUGUAACAGCCACAAAUGAAGUGGGCAAGGCUUCCUGCAGCGCUACCCUCUUUAUAAAACCAGAGCCUAGCCAAGACGCGAGAGGCAACCUUGGUGUUCCUAUGGACAUCAGUAGCCCCAUCACGUCUGAUGAGGAGUAUCUCAGUCCCUUGGAGGAGGCUAUGGAUUUUGUAGGAUCAUCCUACCGUGGUUCUGACCCCAGGAAGAUCAUAGAUGCUCGGUUUAAAGAGCCUCCUGCUUUUCAGGUUACUGUAGUAGAUCAGACAGUCAAGGAGGGACAGGAAGUGGUCAUGUCUGUGCGAAUGACUGGGCAGCCCAAACCAAUGCUCUACUGGCUGAGGGACAGAGUAACUAUAAAAACAGGUCCCAGACACAUCGUCCGUGAGACAAAGGAUGGCAACAGUGAGAUGAUAAUAAAAUCAGCUGUGAAGUCUGACGCUGGUGUGUACACUUGCAAGAUCAUCAACGAGUACGGCACCAAACAGUGCGAAGGCAAAUUAGAGGUUAAAGCCUCUUCGGUAGAACCCGGCCUUGCCAUAGUGCGGCCUCUCAGGGAUGUCAUGGUGAAGGCAGGAGAGUCAGUGCUGUUUGAAUGCCAUGUGAUCGGACCACAGGACAUGGACGUAGACUGGCUGUCGGAUGGGAAGCUCAUCCAGCCAGCGCUUCUAAACUGUAAGAUGCACUUUGACGGGAAGAGGUGCAGACUGCUGCUCAACUCAGUGCAUGAAGACGACAGUGGUACAUACACCUGUAAACUGAGCACAGCCAAAGAGGAACUGACCUCAUGUGCCCAGAUGAAGGUCAUUGCUUCCAUUGAGCCACUGUUUACCCGAAAGCUGGAUGUGUUGGAGGUGAUCGAGGGUCGAAAUGCACGAUUUGACUGCAAGGUCAGUGGAACGCCCCCACCUGUGGUCACCUGGACUCACUUUGACAAUCCAUUGGUGGAAAAUGAAGACAUUCGCAUCCUGAAGGAAGGUGGCCGGCACUCGCUGGUUAUCUCCCAUGUGAGCAGUGAGGAUGAAGGGUUCUACACAGUGGUGGCUAAGAACAAACAUGGGGAUGCUGAGUGCUCAGCAGAGCUCUAUGUACAGGAACCCCGACCAGCCAUGUCAUCUCAGAUGGCUAAGUUAGAGAAGAUGCCAUCCAUUCCUGAGGAGCCAGAGGUUCCUGAGAGCGAGGUUGAGCGCUUUACUAUGCCCGACUUUGUGAAGCCACUGUACGACCUGGAUGUUGUUGAGGGAAAAGAGGCUAUCUUAAAGUGCAAAGUUGCCGGCCUUCCAUAUCCCACAAUUUCUUGGUUCCACAAUGGCAAAAAGAUUGAAAGCACUGAGGACAGGAAGAUGACGCAGUUCAGAGAUAUCCACAGCCUUGUCAUUCGCUCAGUCUGCCAUGCCCAUGGUGGCGUAUACAAGAGUGUUAUUUCCAACAAGGUGGGCAAGGCCACAUGCUAUGCCCAUCUGUAUGUAACAGACGUUCUUCCUGAUCCUCCAGAUGGAGCACCUGUAAUUGAGUCCAUUACUGGCAAGACUGUCACUCUUAGCUGGAAGAAACCCAAACGUCUGGACCCAUCAAUUGAUCCCAGCACCUUGAUGUAUGCUGUCCAGCAGCAGGCCUUGGGCUCUAUACAGUGGACUAUAAUUGCGUCCAGCCUAAAGCAGACCUCCUACACUGUCACCUCACUAUCCAAGGGUGUACGAUAUGCAUUUAGGAUCCUGUCAAUCACCAGCAAGGCUUUUAGCAAGCCAUCUCUGGCCACAGACCCAGUACAGCUCAUAGACAGAGGUCCUUAUCUUAAAGCGGCCCCAGUCAUUAUUGACAAGCCAGACAUGGUGUUUGUGGUGGAGAAUCAGUCGGUCAGCAUUACAGUCACUCUUAACCACGUCAAUGCAGCUGUCACCUGGAAGAUGAGAGGCGCGACCUUAUCGAACAGAGCCGGGUUGUUUGAGAUGAGCAUGCCUGAUGAUGACCAGCACACACUAAAGCUAUGUAAGGUGAAGAGUAGUGAUGUGGGAACACUUAGCUUCACUGCUAGCAAUCCAUACGGGUCUGAUUGCUGCCUCCUCACUCUGGAGAUGGCAGUUGCCCCAACUUUUGAGUCAAUUAUGGAGGAUCUGGAUGUAAGUGUUGGUGAGACACCUCGGUUUGCUGUCGUGGUGGAAGGGAAACCCAUUCCAGACAUCUUCUGGUAUAAGAAUGACAUCCUUCUAUCAGAGGGAAGCCAUUAUACCUUUGUUUAUGAUGAUAACGAGUGCUCUUUGGUCGUGCUCAACACUCAGCCACAAGAUUCUGGGGUCUACACCUGCACUGCCAAGAACAUCGCCGGCUCUGUUACCUGCAAGGCUGAGCUCACUGUCCAUGCCACUAAACAGCAGAAGGAUGAUCCGAUGGAGGAUGAGGAGUCUAUCCUGAGGAGGAUGCGACGACUCACUGAUUACUAUGACGUGCACAAAGAAAUCGGGAGAGGAGCCUUCUCGUAUGUGAAGCGUGUUACACACAAGGCGGGAAAAAGAGAGUAUGCAGCCAAGUUCAUCUCAGCUCGAGCCAAGAGAAAAGCCUCAGCCCUGAGGGAAAUGAACAUCUUGUCUCACCUUGACCACGAAAGGAUCAUUUACUUCCAUGAUGCCUUUGAAAAAAAGAACGCUGUCAUCAUCAUUACUGAGAUAUGUCAUGAAGAGCUUCUGGAAAGGUUAACAAAGAAGUCAACAGUGACUGAGGCCGAGAUUCGUUCCAGCAUGAGACAAGUGUUGGAGGGAAUUAACUAUCUUCAUCAAAAUGACAUUUUGCAUUUGGACAUUAAGCCUGACAACAUCCUCAUGGUUGACCAUUCCAGCGAUCAGAUCCGGCUUUGUGAUUUUGGAAACGCGGUGAAGUUUACACCCAGUGAACCACAGUAUUGCAAAUAUGGUACUCCAGAAUUUAUUGCCCCAGAGAUUGUAAACCAGACACCAGUCUCCAAGGCAACUGACAUCUGGCCGGUAGGCGUCUUGACAUAUCUGUGUCUUACCGGCGUAUCUCCAUUUGCGGGAGAAAAUGACCGAACCUCAGUGCUCAACAUCAGGAAUUACAAUGUGGCUUUCGAGGAGAGCAUGUUUGUUGAUCUCUGCCAUGAAGCAAAAGGAUUUGUCAUCAAAUUACUAGUGGCUGACAGACUUCGGCCAGAUACCAGUGAUUGUCUACGUCAUCCAUGGUUCAAGAUGCUGAAUAAAGGAAAGAGCAUCAGCACAGAAUCCCUCAAAAAAUUCUUGUUAAGAAGAAAAUGGCAGAGAUCACUUAUUAGCUACAAGUCCAAAAUGGUCAUGAGGUCAAUACCUGCAUUGUUGGAUGACUCUUCAAGUCAUAUUUCCAUAGCUGUCCCACGGCAUUUAAAAGAAGGUUCACCACCACCAUCCUCUUCAUCAGACUCUGAUGAAGACAUUGAUGAAUUGCCAUUUAUACCCAUGCCUCUGAAUAUGGAGUUCUCAGGCUCCAGAAUGUCACUGAAUGAGAUUAUUGGGGAUGAUGAAAUAAUCAAGAGUAAUAGCAACCUUGAAAGGUCAGGACCAAUGGCUCAAAAGCCUGAGCCCAUGGAGUGUGAGCAAUUACAUGAAGCUGGUGAUGCUGAUGUGCGAGGUAGAGCAAAGAAGAGGACAACAGUUGAUGAUGAAAAAGGGUCUUCUGAUGAAGAACCAGGGGAAUUGUCCAAGAGGGCAGAGCAGCUAAAAAGACCCCUCCGCCGAGGUUCAAGUGUGGAGUCUGACAAGCCUGAAGGAGCACGUUGUAGAGGUGAACUUCGUAGAGGAAGCUCAGCAGAUAGUGCCCUACAACUCCAUAUCAAGCCAGAGGAGGGUGCUGAAGAGAGUCCCACAGAAGGUAGAAGAAUCCUUAAAAAGUCUGUGUCUAUGGAACUGCCACGAAGGAGUCCAAGCCCAGGAGCAGGCAAGUUGAGCCAAGAGGAUUAUGCCCUGAAACUGGAGCUGAUGAGACAAAGACUUCUCAGAGGAGGCUCUGUGGACAACAAGAUGAGUGGCCUUCGAGGCCCCCUGCUGGAGACCUUGGGCAUGGGUGAUGAUAAGUGCUUUAUACGGGGACCUCGUCUGGGUAACCCUCCGUUAGUUCGGGCAGCAUCCAGUGACACUCCUCGAGAUGACAUUCCAAAGACCAAAGUGCUUCGCAAGAGUGCUUCCUUCAGCCAGGGUGAUGAUGAGCCUAUGCCACUACACAGAAGGAUUGGGGCACCUCUAGAGAUACCUGUGGCCCAGGUUGAGCAGCGCCGCCUGCAGGAAGCUGUGUCUAUGUCUGUUCUUGCAGAGCCAGCCAAAACAGAUUCACGACCCACUACCCCAAAACCACUUACUCCUGAACCAAAGAAACAGGAGACAAAGAUAAGGGUAGAAGACAAAGAACCAUCACCUGUCAGGGAGAUUAAGCAUGAGGAAAUUUCUAUUAAGCAGAAAGACAUUGCUGCUCUAGUGAAAGGUGAUGAUCAGAAGUCCAAUGAUGAUGCAGUACAAAAGAAAGAUAUGAGCACGUUAAAGGAAACUGUUCAAGAACCUAAGAAAGUCCCACAAUGUAGGACACCUGUUAUGGUGCCAAGAGUGUUAGUAGAGGAGAUUAAAGAAGAUGACGAAGGAGAGGAAAAGGAACUAGUAGAAUCUGUAAUAGAACGGGAACCUUAUUUCCCUAAAAUGGAGAACGAAGAUAUUGAUGAAGAAAUGGAACCGGUUAAAUCAUCAGAGGUCAAUACACCCACUGUUACCAGUGAGGGUUCCCCAGUUUUGGACCCUCAGAGUGUUUUCUCAACAUAUGUCACCCCCAGUCCCCCUGUACUAACUGUACUUCCUGAUGGAAGGACAUCCGCAUAUGCAAGUAUCAUGCAGGCCAUCAUAGUUCCAUCCCUACAACCACCCAGCCAACACACAGCCAUCCCUGCAUCUACAAAAAUGUCAACAGCACCUUCUACAGCUUCUAUAGACACUCAACAAACCACUGAACAUCCUGCAGUUUUCUCUCGAGUUGCAUCAGUAGAACAACCAGCAAAGGGACCAAGUCCACCCAAAACUCCCACACUUGCCUCUCCGAAUAGAGAGUCUUGUCAAAUCCAGGAUCUUGCCUCAGAGGAGGUCUUUGAGGCUCGGUUCAAGAAACGUGAUUCGUCUCUCACUCGUGGGCUGAAACUUCUUUCAUGGCAAAAGACAGAAGAAAAACCCUCUACAGCUGCUCCUGAGAUUACAGAAGAGAUGUAUCGCCCAGGACCAGUUGGUGCACCUUUAGAGUUUGUACAUAAAAAACUGGAGGAGAAGUCCAAGUCUGUUCAGGAUCUCCGUGAAGCAGAAAAAGACCCAGGUUUUAUGAGAAGACUGUCUAUGCGCUUGAAGAGGUCCCCUCUAAUUGAGAAGAAUGAAGAAAAGCCCAAAGAAGAAGAUGUCCCAAGACGACGUUUAUCUUGGGCUUUGGGUAGGAGAGGGUCACAGGACAAAAAGGAAGUAGAGAUGAUGAGAUUGGAUGGAGGACCGGAGGCACCUCCAGAGCCAGAAACCAAAAAGCCAAAUGAGUCCCCUGUGCUAGCCAUGCGUAGAAAGAUCAGUAACACAGUGGCUGGCAUAUCCAUGAAGAUCAGGAGUCAUUCUGAGGAAAGAAAAGAUGAAAAAGAAAAGUCAGAAACUAAAAAGACUCCUUUGCUGUCUAUACUGCGUCGUUCUACCUCAGAGGGAGGCAGUCUGAAGCGGAUGGGUAUCCCACACAAUCAGCUAGCUUCCCAGACUGGCAAUGGGGCCUCCUCUGAGUCUUUGGAUUCUAUGUCCAGCAUACAGUCAGAGUCAGCCAUCAAAAGUGUAGAGACUGAACGGAGAUCACGAUGGGAUCGAUGGGGCCUAACCAGAGGGAGAAGGGAUAAGACAAUUUCCCAGCCUGACAUACCUAGUGCUAUAGCCAGAGAGAACGGCUCGCUCCGCUCUCGCCAGUAUUCCCGGACAGCCUCAGACUUCCCUCCAGUAUUCCAUAUCAAACUGAGGGACCAUGUUCUGCUUGAGGGAGAUCCUGUCACUCUCAGCUGCUUGCCUGCUGGCAGUCCUCACCCACGUAUCACAUGGAUGAAAGAUAAAAAGCCACUGGAGAUUGACCCAAGAAUGAAUGUGAUCUCUUGCCCUGAUGGAAGACAACUGCUGAUGAUUAUGAAGACCACCAAGAAAGACGCAGGACUUUAUGAAUGUGUGGCCACAAACGUAUUAGGCUCUGUCAGCAGCUCCUGUAAACUCUCUCUUGCGCGUCUGCCAAACCCACCAGGUACACCAGAGGUUCCUCAGAAGUAUCAAAACACUGCACUGGUUGUGUGGCGUCCAUCAGACACCAUGGCCCCUUGUACUUACUGCCUGGAGCGCAGGACAGAAGGUGAAAGUAAUUGGCUGAUUGUAGCCACUGGUGUGGCUGACUGUUACUGCAAUGUCACAGACCUUCCCACUGGCGCCACCUACAGGUUUAGAGUGGCUUGUGUAAAUAAAGCAGGCCAGGGACCAUACAGCAAUCUGUCAGAGAAAGUCACCCUAGAUGUAGCAGCACCUGCAAGAUCCACUGAAACCGUCAUCGUCAAGACUCUUCCAUCAACAGCAGGUCCUGCUGUGGUAACCUCCACCAUGACUGUACCGCCUAUAAAGCUGGCUGGGAGUAAAUCUGUACCCAGUACUUCUAUAACUCCAGCUCCUCCUCCAUCUUCUGCCAAACCUGCUCCAUCUUCUGCCAAACCUGCUCCACCUCCUGCCAGACCUGCUGCACCUCCUGCCAAAUCUGCUCCAGCAACCCAAUCUCCUGCUACAUUGUCCAUGUCAGCCUCCAUGAAUCGUAAUGUACCUAAGGUAUCUCAGGUCCAGCCUUCCAUCCCAAGCACAUCUGCCCCCAGCACAUCUGCCCCCAGCACUCCUGCCCCCAGCACACCGACCAUGACCAAAGCCAAAACCACCCUCAAUAUCACAAUGUCCAAACCUGCCACUAAUAUAUCUGCUCCUGUCCUGCCUAGCACAUCCAAACCGUCCCCUCCUGUUGUUCUCCCUAAACCACAGACUCCUAUCAAUGUGGUUCCACCCAUGGCACAGACUCCUCCUGUGUCCCCACCUCCAUUAGUUUCUCCUCCACCCACCCUUGGUAAACCCAUUUCCUCAGUGCCCAUGUAUGUACCUGCAACCACAACAGCUCCUGUGACCCCAGUUACCCCCAAUACUCCCUCUGUUGCCCUGUCUCCACCUGUGGUGUUGGUUACGAGUCUCACUCCUGUCGGGGAGGGAAGUGCUACUCCAAGCAGGAUGACUCCUAGUGGGAGGGUCACUCCAUCGGGGCGUGUCACACCCACAGGGCGGAAAACUCCAUUGGGCAAGCCAGGAGAGUCUGCCUUACGACAGGGUGUACCCCAGAAACCCUACACCUUCAUGGAUGAGAAGGCCAGAGGCCGUUUUGGAGUCAUCCGAGAGUGCAGAGAAAAUGCCACAGGCAACCUCUUUAUGGCUAAAAUUGUUCCAUAUGAGCCUGAGAGCAAGCAGAGUGUUUUGCAGGAGUAUGAAAUCCUCAAGGCCUUGCAUCAUGACAAGAUUAUGACCCUCCAUGAAGCCUAUGUCACACCACGCUACCUUGUUCUCAUCUCAGAGUGCUGCACAGGAAAAGAGCUUCUCCACAGCCUGAUUGAUAGGUUCCGUUACUCUGAAGAUGACGUGGUGUCUUAUACUGUGCAAAUCCUGCAGGGUCUGGACUACCUGCACAGCAGGAGAAUCCUGCACCUAGACAUCAAGCCAGACAACAUUAUAGUGACCUACAUGAAUGUGGUCAAGAUCAUUGACUUUGGCAGUGCUCAGACUUUUAACCCACUCUUUCUGAAGCAGUUCCACCCUCCUAUAGGAACGCUGGAGUACAUGUCUCCCGAGAUGUUGAAAGGAGACAUUGUGGGACCUCCAGCUGACAUCUGGAGUGUUGGUGUAUUGACAUACAUUAUGGUCAGUGGACGGCUGCCAUUCAUGGAGAAUAAUCAAGCAGAGACAGAGGCCAGGAUCCAGGCAGCCAAGUUUGACCUCAGCAAGCUUUACCAAAACGUGUCCCAAAGUGCCUCUCUGUUCCUUAAGAAGAUCCUGUGCAGUUACCCUUGGGCGCGUCCCUCCAUCAAAGACUGCUUCAACAACUCUUGGUUGCAGGAUGCCUACCUGAUGCGACUGCGGCGACAGACACUCACCUUUACCACCACACGUCUCAAGGAGUUUGUGAGCCAGCAGCAGCACAUCAGGGCUCAGGUGGCUACCAAGCACAAAGUGCUCCUGCGCUCCUACUCUGCCCAAACCCCCACCACACCCACCACACCUACCAUGCCCACCAUACCCACCACGACUGCCACUAUAACCUCUAUACCCUCCACUCCUGUCACUCAGUGAGCUCGGCUUGGUUUUGAUGGAGCGAUGUUACCCAAGGGCAGAGGAUCUCAGAACAAAUGGACAAAGAGGCACGGGCUUGUGAUGGACUGAAACCAUGCUGAGCCCUGACUGGAUCACAAGAGAGUGUGUUUGAACCCAUCAGGCACAGCUUCAGUAACACUACUAUUCAGAAAUAGAUUCAAACACACCCACAGUGUGAUUUCAAUUAAGAAACUCAAGCACAUAAUCUAUGGACUACUAGCAGUAGAUUCUAAAGCAUUACGCUCUAUCAGCUAUGGCCAGCAUGCUCAAUGCUGUUGUGUUCACUGUUCUGCACCUAGCUCCGCCCACAAACAGCCAUGCCACACCCACGUGUUACCUUGCUAUGACCCAUGCUCCUUUUUUCAGCAUUUGUCUAAGAUAAGACAACAUGAACAUGUACAACUACAUUUGCUAAACAUAUUGUAAAUGUAAACUUUUGUGGUGUUUCCAUUUAAUAAUUCUGGGGCCUUGACAUUUGUGGAGAGAAAUAAAAACAAAAAAGAAAAAAAAAACAUGUAUAUCAGAGUUUUCUGCUAGUUUUUAUGAGAUUGAAAAUUUUAUUACAGGUAGUUGUUAUACUGUAUUCAUUAAUAUAUAUAAUGUAAAGUAGAGUUAAAGGACAAUUCCAACGUUUUUCCAAAAAAAAAAAAGAAAAAAGAAAGAAAGAAAGUACGAAAAAAAGAUCAUCUUCAUAUUGUACAGUGUUUUAAAACAUUUUGGCUGUUUUUGUGAGAAAUCUUUUCAUUUUAUGUAAGACGUGGCACAAAAAUGCCUGCCAUAGGCUUCCACAGGGUGUAAACUGAAUCCAGGCCUCAGUACAUUUUGUACAUCCUUAUAAUUUUUUGAAUAAGAUAUUUAUUAUUAAUUUAUUACUAACUAUUGCAAAAAUAAUUCUUUACCCAGUUCAUUUGAUAGCUAGGUAUAGUGGCUGUACCUACCUCAGUUACCUGAGACAGGCUAUGAUUUACAAACUAGGUAAUACGUUAUCGUUAAUAGUAAUAGUCUAAUAAACUAUGUAAAAUAUCUCUAGGCCAAUUAUUUAAUUCAUUGUUUCAAUUUUGAAUUUGAUUAUUUAGGAUUAAUGAUUAUUUGUUUAACGAUACAUCCCAGUUAUUAUUUUAAUAUUUUUUAUUCGUCUUAUACAACAGAAAUCUGUCGGCGCUAACAAUUUCCUAUCUAAUAAAAACCAGCACGUUGUACAUUUUAUUAAUUUAUAGCUACAUUUUAUAUUGUGGAAAAUCCAAGUCUCUCUUAAGGUAAUAAGAAAAAAAGUCAUGUUACCGAGUAACCCAGCAUAAGAGCUUGAUAUCUGACUGUUACUGACACUGGAAACUCAUUCCAAAAAUGUUAAAGAAACAUCUAUUUGCAGAUGCAGCUACAACAUAUGAGCAAUUACACAUUUUUUUUACCCUGUUACUUCAGACAUGAUGCUUUGUUACAAGACGUGCUUUAAAAUCUACUUUUCUGCCAGAACUACUGUUGGAGCUUCUCUUAUAGACAAUGAAUCAACACAUUCUGACCAAUCAGAAUCGAGCAUCCAGCAGAGCUGUGCUGGAAGAUAGAUAUAAUAGCUUGUUAUUACAUAUGAAUAUUUAUUCUUGUUAUAAGUUCUUUAUGAAAGUUUUACUUUUCUCUUUCAUUAUAUGCCUUGUGGAAAUCUAUGAGCUCACUUUGAAAUAUUGUCACACUUCCAAAAUGAUUUUAAAACAUUGUUAUAUAUAUAUAUAUAUAUAUAUAUAUAUAUAUAUAUAUAUAUAUAUAUAUAUAUAUAUAUAUAAAUCAUUGGAAUUUUCUUUUAAAUGCAAUUGAGCACUCAAUCCUUUCUUACUGCAGUGCCACUUGAUGUUUUACACCAAACGUAGGAAAUUAUCGUCCUUGAUUUGGGUCCUGAGCAGACUGUGACGUCAGAUUAAUGUUUUUUAUUUU